AUGAAAAUGAUGUUCGUAUCUGCAAUGAGUAUCUGCCUGCUGAUAAAUUAUGCCGUGUCCGCAAUUCCUAAACCGGAGGAAAAACGGGUGUUGGAUCAUGAUCCUCUAAGCCACGCACAACAUUAUCAAAACGAUGAGCAUAACAAACAGUACGAUCAUGAAGCAUUUCUCGGCGAAGACGCCAAGACGUUCGAUCAACUCGAAGCGGACGAAAGUAGAAGACGUUUAGGCCUCAUCGUAGAUAAAAUUGAUGGCGACAACGACGGGUUCGUUAAUCUGUCUGAGCUGAAGGCAUGGAUUCAGUACACGCAGCGGCGCUACAUCGACGAUGAUGUCAACCGGCAGUGGAAGACGCACAAUCCCAACAAUACGGAGAAAGUCCACUGGGAUACCUACCGGAAGAAUGUGUACGGAUUCCUGGACGAGCUUGCGUCGCAUGAAACGGACCAUCCUAACGAUGAACACUUUUCUUACCGGGCAAUGAUGAAGCGCGAUCGUCGCCGCUGGAGCAUUGCGGAUCGCGACGGAGAUGAUGAGUUGACGCGGGAAGAGUUUACCGAUUUUCUACAUCCUGAGGAAAGCAGCCACAUGCGCGACGUCGUUGUAACGGAAACAAUCGAAGACAUUGAUAAGGAUAGUGAUGGAAAGGUGUCGGUCGAAGAGUACAUCGGCGAUAUGUACCGACAAGGCGAACCGGACGAAGAAGAACCGGACUGGGUGAAACACGAACGGGAAACGUUUACCAAUUUCCGUGACAAAAACAAGGAUGGAUUUAUGGACAAUCAGGAGGUUAAGGAUUGGAUUACUCCAGCUGACUUCGACCAUGCAGAGGCGGAAUCACGUCAUCUAAUCUAUGAGGCAGAUUCCGACGCGGACGAGAAACUUACCAAGGAUGAGAUUAUCGAAAAGUAUGAUUUGUUUGUCGGUUCGCAGGCAACAGAUUUUGGUGAGGCUUUAACGCGGCAUGAUGAGUUCUAA